GGGUAGAUGACCUUAUGCCUCGCUUGGGACGAAGAUGAUAACGAUGAUCACGUUACCAUGGCGACCUUCAGUGAUGGCGUCCCUUGGUGUGUGCGCUGUCGUCUGCCUCGGUACCCUGUACUCCCUGGGCCUGUACGGUGGCAGGAACGGUGUACCAGAAUAUCCUAAGAUAUUCAUGCUACCACAUUACAGGAGUGUUGAGCAUCACCCGUCUCCCUGCCGUACCUGCCAAGAACGCAUCAACAUCACGUUCGCCAAAGUCCACAAGGCGGGCGGCUCCACGGUCAGCACCAUCCUGCAGCGCUUCGGCGAUCUCCGCAACCUCUCCUUCGUCAUUCCUCGGCAUCGCGUCAGCCUCGGAUGGCCGUACCAGCUGAGAGUGAACAGCACCCAUGACUACCUCCCGGCCUUGGACGGUAGCUUCAACCUUCUGGUCGACCAUGUGGUGUUCAACAAGACGAAAAUCCGGAGUAUCAUGCCUCGUGACACAGCGUACAUCACUAUUUUACGCCAUCCGUUCGAACAGCUGAAAUCAUCCUUCAGUUGGUACGAGGUGCCCAGAAAGUACGGCAUCCGCGGGAAGGAUCCCAUUCGAGAGUUUCUGCAGCAUCCCGCGAAAUAUGAGAGGAACUUCAGGACAAGGCUGCCGUUUCGCUACACCAGGAACUUCAUGGCGUACGACCUAGGGUUCACGAAUCUCACACAGGCUAGGAACAAGAGCGCGGUUCGCGAUUUCGUACGGCAAGUUGACUCAGAGUUUGAUCUGGUUCUCAUACUGGAACACCUGACUGAGUCGCUGGUACUCCUGAGGCGGUACAUGUGCUGGUCCCUAAGCGACAUUCUCUACUCUCCCAAAAAUACAAGAAACUAUGAGUAUAAAAUGCAGGGAGAAUUCCCUGAUCUCAUAGCUGCGCAUCGAAAAUGGUCCAACGUGGACUACGCCCUGUACGAUAUCUUCAACGCCACCUUGUGGGCGAGAAUAGAACGCCAGGGCCCCGACUUCUUCUACGAAGUCUACCAUUUUGAGGACAUGCGGACUAAAGUCGUGCAAUUCUGCGAAGUCGCGGAAUCGUCGUGGAAGCUCCGAAUCCCUGCGUCAAAAUGGAACAAGGACUUCUUGGUAGACGCCGAGUUCUGCCGUAGGUUGAGACUGCCCCAAACGACGUACAUGACCAAUCUCAAGGAAAAAUACGAGGCACAAAAGAGAACAGUGGGUCAGCAGAGAAGAGCGCAUGCGAACGUGUAUUGCUUUUCAGGGACGGGCUACAACGACAUCCUAGCAGGCAGAACCAACACCAAUAGUUGACGAUUUUAGAGGCAUUUUCUUCUACAUGUUGUACUUAUUUUGCAUUGGCGCGGUAAUACAUGUAACACAUGUUACGCUGAUGAGAAAUAUUUCAUUCUUGAAAUGCCAUGAUCCAGUAAACGGCAAAGAAACAUAUCAGCUGCUCAGUUAAUUAUGAUGUUAUUGCUGUAACCUGUGCAAUAAAUAUGUCUUGUUUCGUAGCGUUUAUAUAUUGUGGCAUACGUUUAUGAAUAUUUUAUUAUAGCUGAGGAGAAUGAAAAUCAAUUUCCAUUCCUAUGUCUUUUUGGUCUGUAAGAUGUCUUUUGUCUUGCCGUUUAUUAGAAAAUUAUGAAUGUUCAUAUCGUAGAUGUGGAAUUAUUAGUAUGAUGACGUACCGAUUAGCUUUGUCAAGUAUUAGUACUCCACAUAAAUCAUUAAGAUGUAUUUUGU